CAACCGCGGCGUGCAGUGGUUUGUUGAGAGGCCGACUGAAGUUGUUGUUGUGAUCUGCGUUUAGCUCGGCAAAAAAAUCAGCCAAGUACAGUCGACUAUUGGAUUUUAAGAGCCUCGGGAUCUGUAUUGAUGUCGUAAGGGUGGGCAUUGUAAUCAUGAAGUCUCCUCAGCAAAUUUAGAGGCUCUAUUACCUCAACCACAGGUAUACAGAGAAUCAUAUCUACGUACCUAUAACAAUUACAACGGGAAAUCGCCAAUAUGAUGCCCCGCAGAGUACCGGUUUCCAAAGAGCCUGUGUUCAGGACACCAAUGACGUUUAGUCCCAGAUUGGAUGGACAGAAAGCUAGACCGUCACCUUCCAGACGUGAAAUGUUCAUGGAAGAACUGGGAUUAGACAGUAUAUCUGAUGCCAGUAUUUCCAGUGGAGAUGAAGAUCCUGAAGCGGACCAGUUAUCAGGCCCAAGUCAGUGUUCAUUGCUUGAAUUUCAAGCUAUGCAAAUAGAGCUUGAUGAAAGAGACAAACAGAGAGCAGAUUUGAUGUUCAGAAUAAAGGUUUUAACAGAUAAGAACAAGUUGUAUAAAUCCAGUCUAGCCAAGGAAGAAGCGAGUAAAAAACAGCAGAUCCUGAUUAUGAGAAAAACCCAUGAGUCGCAUCUUGAUGAAAAACGAGAGCUCAGUAAAAACUUACAGGAUGUUAUAGAGGAACAGGAGGCCAAGAUAUUUGAAUUAGAAGCUGAACUGAAAGGUGUUACUGCAAGUCCACGAAGUAAAAAAACCUCAUCUGGUGUGCAAAGACUAGUGGAGGCCAUAGAAAGAUUACAUGUAGAGAAAGCGCAGUUGACUGAGAAAGUGUUUUUAGCUGAAAAUCAAAUAGAGAAUGGUAGACAAGAAUGGCAGAAGACAGAGGAAGAUUUGAGAUCUCAAUUACAAGAUUUGAAUCGUGACUAUAAUGAGGUCAAAGUUGAAUUGAUGAAGAUGAAGAGUUUCCAGGGUGUAACAGACCAUGAGAAGCAAUUGAAUAAGUUAGAAAUUGCUAAUGCUAGGCUACAGAUGGAACUGCAAGAGACAAAGUCGCAAGUACAUAAUGGCAGUAUGAGUAAUGGUGUCGGGGAAACAAAAGAUUCACUUGAGAUCCAGAAACUUGAAGAUGAGAACUCAAAGCUGAGAAUGCAAUUGAAUGCACUUGAAAAAGAUGUGUCAAGUCUUACAGACCAACGCAAUGAGAAAGAGUUGGAACUCAAAUCACUUGAAAAGAAAUAUAACUCUGAAAUUCACUUGUUGGAAGACAAGCUAAGACAAUCAAUUACUGAGUUGUCAGAGUUAAAAGCAAAUCCAAAGGUUGUUGAGGUGAUGAAAACAGUUACUGUAUCAGUGGAAUCUGAAGAAACAAAGCAAGCUUUAUCCAAAGCUGAAUCAGAUAAUUCCACUCUGCGACAUGAAAUUGAGAAGAUGCACAAUGAAAGUGAAGGUUAUAGACAGCAGUUACACGCUGCUGAAAACAGAAUGAAAGAGCUUGAAAAUCAGUUGGCUCAGACCGAGCAUCAAAUAGAUACAGUGAGGGAAGAGUUUGAGCAAGAACUUGUGAAAAUGGAAUCUGUCAACGAGGAAGUGAUUCGCAGAGUCCAGCUUGAAUCCCAACAGAGCAGCAGUGUCAUGAGUCGAAAACUGAUGAUGAUGAAAAUGAGAUUUUCCCAAAUCAGGCCAGGUUUGUUAGAAAUUGCGGAAGAGUACAAGAGUCUACGUACAAUAUGCAGUCAGUUUCCUAACAUUAUUAGAGCCACUGUUCAGCACACCAAGAAUGAGAUUCAGCACGCCAUAUCAGAAGUCAGUGAACACAACAAGGAACUGGUUAGGAAGUAUCGUAAAGAAAUGUCACUGAGGAAAAAAUACCACAAUGAACUUGUCGAACUGAAAGGGAAUAUCAGAGUGUUCUGCCGUGUAAGACCACCCAUCAAAGAAGACGGUGUAGGUCUUAUGGCUAGAGUUGUUGUCACAUACGAUACAGAUGAUGAUGGUAUACUAUAUGUACAUAACAAAGGAAGGACAAGUUCUUAUGAAGUUGACAAAGUAUUUACGCCAGCCUCUGUACAACAGGAGGUAUUUGAUGAGAUGAAACACUUGGUGAUAUCCUGUAUUGAUGGAUUUAAUGUGUGCAUCUUUGCAUAUGGACAGACUGGAUCUGGCAAAACAUAUACCAUGGAAGGACCAAAGAAUGAUCGGGGAAUAAAUCAGCUAUCGCUGCAGUGCUUAUUUGCUGAAAGAAAAGAAAAGGACAAAGAAUGGAACUAUACUAUUACCGUUAAUGUGAUGGAAAUAUACAAUGAAAUGUUAAGAGAUUUGCUAAGUGAUGAUCCUACCUUCAAAUUAGAUAUUAAAAUGAACCAAGAGGGUGGAUUGUACGUGCCAGGAUUGAUAUCAUUACCUGUGAAUUCUGUUGAUGACGUCAAUCGAUUACUGGAUACGGCAAAAGUAAAUCGAGCCACUGCCUCUACUAAUAUGAAUGAACACAGUUCCAGAUCACAUGCUUUGCUUUGUGUUACGGUGACUGGAACAAAUAAAACAACUGGUAACAGAACUAUAGGUAAAUUGAAUCUGGUUGAUCUAGCCGGUUCUGAGCGUGUCAGUAAAUCUGGUGCUGACGGAGCACGGCUUAAAGAAGCUCAGAACAUCAACAAAUCACUGUCGUCCCUGGGUGAUGUCAUACAUGCACUGAGAAACAAACAAGCACAUAUUCCGUAUCGCAAUUCAAAGUUAACUUAUUUAUUACAGGACUCCCUAGGUGGGGAUAGCAAGACACUAAUGGUUGUGCAGACAUCACCCGUUGAAAAGAAUGUUGGUGAAACCAUGUCAAGUUUAAGUUUUGCCCAAAGAGUCCGAGCAGUGGAACUUGGGCAGGCUACCAAGAAAGUGGAAAGCGCUGAGAUUGCUACUUUGAAAGGCAGACUUGCACAGUAUGAGGAUGUACCUACUGUUAGUUAUUCUUCACCUGCCAGCAAGGGAACAAAUAGAGGCACACCAAACAGAUCAACACCGCGAGGCACUCCUAGAAAAUAACAUUUAAUCUUCAGAUUUGUAACACGACUA